AUGUCAGACCAACCUAGGCCAAGGUUGGACUCGGGUGGCUCGGCUAUGGUAGAAAGAAGGGCAAGGGAGAUUCCGACAGACCCUAAGGCAAAGGGCAAGGACGAAAUGUGUCUGGAGGUGGCCAAGGUUCUUGAGAUGAAAGUUUUGACCAGGAAAGAACCUCCAAAGGCCAUUGUGCUAUGCAAUCGAUGCCAAUGUGAGGUGACUCUUGAAGUGGUUCCGCCAAAGCCCAGGGAACCAACCAAGGAACCUACCAAGGGGCUGCCUAAGGAGCAAACCAAGGAUCAAGUCCAAGUGGGCAGAUCUAGAAGCUUUGAGAGGAAUAUGAUAACAAGUCCGGCCGAGAAUUACGGCCCACAUAACCCAAAGGGCAGGAUGGAAACAAGGCCGAACAAAUGGUCAUUGUAUGAGUACCAAGAUAGGUACGAGAGGUCAUUGUAUGAAGACAUUGAUUUCCCAGACUUAAGCCAAAACCGAAACAUGUGGAUUUCGGUGGGAGAAGGUAGAAGCCGAGAUGUGGCCUAUGUGUCAAGACCCCGCCCCGCGGACGGUAAUGGUGUCCCAACUUUCAAGGUGCCGAACACAAAGGCGGGCCAAUGGUAUAGAAGCAGUGCCCAAAACUCCUACUGGUACCCCUGA